AUGACGCGAACUGGUCCCACACCUGCGGUCGGUGUUGACGUUUCGCCACGCGAACAACCAACUGGCCCCGAUUUCACUACAGACGCGGUUGAAGGUACCUCGGUGAGCGGAGGUCCGAUCGGCCCUGCUUUGGGACUCGAUGCUGUUGUGGACCUCGCUUCAAAUACGGAACCGAUCGGCUCCACGUUGACGCCUGAUGUCCUUGACAGUUCCGCUGCAAGUGACAAGCCGAUUGGGGUCGGAGAAUCUGCUGCAACCACUGAUCCGAUGAGCUCCGCGUUGACGCUUGAUGUCGUCGACAAUUUUGCUGCAAGUGGCGAUCCUAUUAAGGUUAUUCCGUUGCCGGCAACCCGAGUUGAAACACCAAUAGUUGAUGAAACGAUCGCCGUUGGCAACGGCUCGCAUCCCAGUAGGAUCUUGUGGAUAGCUAUCGCGAUUUGGAGCAAGCGUUGCGGGAGCAAACUCGGAGGGGUGAUCGACUAUGACAAGAACUCCGUUCUCUUACCGAGUCGGCCUCUCCUUUUGUGA